GACUUUUGUUAGUGGUCUAUUGUACUUCGUGUAUGUUUUGUGUUCAUUUUCGAUAAACUUUGAUAAUUUAUGCAAGUUUAAGAUAUGUAAAUAAAAUAAUGCAUUUGACAUAAAAAUAAAUAAAUCCGAUAUAAUAUUCACGGUUUUAAAAUAUGUUUUAUUUAUAAUAAUCUCUUUAACGUUUUUAUAAAUAUUUUUUUAACUAACAAACAUAAAUAAAUUAAAUUAAAUUAAAUAUAACAAAGAGAGAAUUAAAACUCAGUGUUUAAUAGAAAAACGCAAGGUGGAGAAAUACAUUUUGCAUACAUGUCAAGCUCAGCGACGACAGACCCGGCAGUUCCGCUGCUCAAUGGUGAACCAAUUGAAAACGCAGCUUCUGUCAGGACACGCGCUCAGAAACGUAUUAGCCUUACAACUAAACGAAGAAAAUUAUCGCGACGGGCAAAUUUGAUUGGAAUUUGUGGCGUUAGUAGUCUCUGCAUACUGUUACUUAUUGCAACAGCACAGCAUCGCCCAUUGCCAACAUCAGUUGCCACAUCAUCAGGAUCUAUAGGUGGUGGUGGUGGUGGUGGGGUUGGUGGUAGUGAUGCAACGGGGUUUGCUACUAGUGGUGGUAUUGGUGGUGCUGCGAAUAAUGAACGCCAUAUAGCAUUCAAUGUACAACCACAAACACUGAAUGUAUACAAUUUAAGUGCUACUAUAUCGGAUGUCCUGACAGCACAGCGCUCAAAGAUAUUAAUCGAAAUGGAAAAUUUUGAAUAUCCUUCGGGGCGUUUUGGAGUGGAUGCAGACAAGUUAACAGAUUUAACACCUGAAAGUGGGGGAAUGCCAGUACGUAGUCUUGUUGUAACGACUUGGCGUUCAGGAUCAACAUUUCUGGGUGAUAUCCUAAAUGCAAUGCCAGGAAAUUUUUAUCAUUAUGAACCAUUAUUAAAUUUUGGUAUAAAACAAGUUCGUGAUCCGGAGGAAUCGGAAAUGGCAUUACAAAAUUUAAAACAUUUACUUAACUGUGAUUAUUCCUAUAUGGAAGAUUAUCUCGACUAUGGUAAAUCACAUACAUAUUUAUUUGAACAUAAUGAGCGCUUGUGGUGCGUUUGUAAAGAGUUUCCACAUUUCUGCUGGCGUGCUAAGUUCUUAACACCAUUUUGUAAACUAUUUCCUAUGCAGAGUAUGAAAACAGUCCGACUACGACUUUCACUUGCUGAGGAACUACUUAAAGAUGACAGCCUGAAUGUGCGUAUAAUCUUACUGGUACGCGAUCCUCGUGGAACUAUGCAAUCUCGCAAACAUCGUGUUUGGUGUGCCGGUAAUCCUGAUUGUGAUGAUCCUAGUUUUGUGUGUGAAGAUUUGGUUUCAGACUACAAAAGUGCUGAAAUAUUGCUAGAUAAAUAUCCGUCAAGAUUCAGAACUCUGCGCUAUGAGGAUCUAUCUAUAAAUCCUUAUGAAAUGACUCAAGAAGUUUUGCAGUUUUAUGGUUUACCAUUCGAUCCAAUGGUAGAAGAAUUUCUUGAUACGCAUACAAAAGUUAAUAUUGGUGGUGUGAGCUCAACAUAUCGUGAUUCAAAAUCAGCGCCUUUUCAUUGGAAACAAGACUUAAAAAUUGAAGAGAUAAAGCAUAUACAACAAUACUGCACAGAAGCAAUGGCUUUAUGGGGUUAUCGCAAAAUAGAAAACUUUACGGAUUAUCAUCGAGUUUUCGAUCCGAUUAUUCUACCCCCACCAUUAGCGUAAAAGAUUUUCUAAUUUAUUUUGUUGUGAUAUCGAAUAUAAAAAAAAAAUAGAUCGAAAAAGUAUAAAUAUAACCACGUUGAUAAAUUUAAUCGGAACUUCGCUUUAUCCAGCAGUCGUAUAGUUACUUACAUAUAUAAAUAUAUAUAUAUAUAAUAUAUAUAUAAAUAAUAUAUAUAUUAACGAAUUAUAAAUGCAAGUAGAAGUGUAAUACGUAAUUUAAUUAAUUUAAAAAUAAUGAAAACAGCUAUCGGGUUAACGAUAUUCGGUACUAAUUCUUAUUGAA